AUGGAGAGUGCCCAGCUACGCGAUCUGGUGUCGCAGCAUGAGUCAAUCAUCCACCAAAUGGAUGCAUGUUGCGGAAUCGGUUCUGCUGAAGCAGACAGUUUGACAAGUGCAUAUGGGACAGCCUUCACAGCACUGCUUAGCAAGCAGACAUUCAAACUCCAAGAAGUCACGGAGGACAUCAACAACAGCACCCAUCAAGAGGCUGCCACGACAGCACAGGAAAGCACAUCUUCGACAACUGACAAGUCUCGGGCACGACACCAAUCAUCGCCAGCAUCGUCUGCCAGUCGGGUGCUUUCUAUUGCCAACAUUAGCCGUCUGAGUGCAGACAACACCGCACCAUCAGAUGCCAGUGCAAACCCGUGGCCCACCACCGAGUCGCUUCAUGCAUUCAGACUUCAUCUUGCCGCAGACAUGAUGAUGCAGUAUGAGGACACGCACCGGUGCAACCACCACAUGUGCUUUCAUGUGAUCACGACUGAGAAGGGCGACAAGAGUGUUGCUAGCAUUGAACCACUGUUGAAGUUGCCACCAUGUGCAAAGUUGGAUGAGCUGAUCAAGAAUGCAGGGCAGGAUCAAAGUGCCGGGGCAAAGGCAAAUGUGGUAAAGGCCAUGCUGAAUGACAUUACGACAGUUGACUUCCGGAAGCAGUUCAAGUGCCAUUUCUGGGGUGAGCUAAGCGUCUUGGAUCAGAAGUGA